AUGUCUUCGCAGCUCCGCUGCCACAUCUGUGGAGUGAGCUUCAACAUCGGCCGCGUCCGCAGGCCAGACGAGCCACCUGCGGCAGCUUGGGACGGUUUCAGCACAGGAUACGUCCUCUCAUACCCUGCCCAGUUUCCGGGAGGCGGUUGCCCGAAGAGCGCCCAAUGCAUGUCUGUCUUCAGAAUACCUUUCGCUUCGGCAGAGGAUCUGAAUGGGAAACACGGCUUCCAAGAAGACAUGGACGACAUCGAAGACGAUGGUGACUACGUUCCAGAUUGUCCUGAGAACGAUGAGCCUUUUGAAUUAUACAAAAUUCCGCAAAUCUCCUCGGCAAAUGGUUCUGUGAGCGAUGGCCUCCAGCGUGGUGAACCAGAAGUAUCGUCAAACCUACGCAGAUCCUCGAACGAGGCAUACCGUCGUUUUCUUCACCUACUCGAGCACCCAGCCGAGGGGUUCAAGAUGAGACCCCAUCAUCUUGACUUGAGCCUUGCCACCGACCUGAACAGCGCCAAUGAGCCCCUCGACACUGUUCCCUAUUUCCAAACUGAACAUAUUGCCGGCGGGUCUGACUGUCGGAUUAACUGCUUAGGCUUGGAAGGUGGAGGCUACAAUGGUCACAAUAUCUCGUUUGAAGACAUGCGGUGGUGCAAGACAGCUCAGUUCCUGGUUCGCAAACCUGAUCAGUGGUGUGCAGCACCUGAUGAUGAUGAGUUCGAGAGGUCAGGCCACUACUUCCUCAGCGGUCUAAGCGACUCUGUGCCACAUUGCGAUUUCAAGUCUGAAGUAUUCCCUCGACGACACGACGUCAGUUCACCAAAUGGACAGAACGUCAUAGGGACACUUGAAGAUGGGCAAGAUUACGCCAUGCCUUUUCACCCAGCUUGCUUAGAGGUUUUUAAACGAGCAUCCCUUUAUCGGUAUGGGCAGAUUGAUAUCGAGGGGCUCGCAGACUGGUGGUUUUUAGAAGCCACGCAACAAAGUUUCUAUGACUUUCCUCGCCACUCUGCAGUACAGAAGGGAAAACACUGGCAUCACACAGAUGGCGACGAGUUCCUCGCGGCAAACCCUUGUUUUAUCACGCAACUUCCCAACGUAUUGGCAGCGGCGGAACGGCUAGGCAAUGAAAUCGUUGAUACCAGUACAUCUUCUAAGUCAGAAUACACCCGGUUGAGGUGUACUGAUGUCUUUUCAGUCCUGCCGCCGGAAUUACGAAGUCUCAUCCUGAUCCAUCUGACUUCUCCAGACGUGGCAAACUUGCGCCUGGCCUCCCGCACAUUUUAUCAGAUCCCACAGUAUAUAUUCCGCUCGCUGACGCUACGGGAAAUGCCAUGGCUUUGGGAGGCAUGGUCCACCCUGGACUAUUCAUUUUGGGCAUCGACUACAGGAGAUGUGCUUGAAGCCAAAAUCAAACAGCACCGGCAGCGAUUGGAAAAACUCCAGGCGGCAGUUGAGGUGCUAAUUCAGGAGGGAAACCACGGAAACGAUCAACGAAACAUCAAUGAGGCCGCGAUAUCCACUGUCCAAAGUUUGAUAGAAUCUAUGGAAGAAGAGGGUGCAAGUAUAAAAGAAAGUGUACCCGCUCCAUUUCUGCUCGCCAACAAGACGAAUUGGUACCGCCUUCGCUGCGAAUUGGCACGGAAUUCUACUAGCAUACUGGGGUUGCGUAACAGACGGCGUAUAUGGAAGGACUGCGAGGAAAUCCUUGACCGAAUCGAACGCUACAGGGCAGAGGGCAAGAUCAUGGCCGGGUAG